AUGUCUGAAAAGCAAAUCCUUCGUUCCGAAUUUAUACUGGAGAAGUAUGGCAAAUCACUUGCAGGAAAGACAGUCUUGAUCACUGGUGUUGCCAGCAACUCAAUCGCUGGAGAACUCGCCAUCCAACUAUCCACCGCGAGCCCUAAGCUGCUCAUUCUAAGUGCCCGCGACGAAUCGAAAGUGGCCGGCAUCAUUAAAAAGAUCCAAGAAACUAACCCGAAUGUCGCGACCCGUUUCCUCAAGAUGGAUCUAGGGGACUUAGGCGAGAUUCGCCAGGCUGUCAAGAAUGAUCUUGCCGAUGUCCCUCUCAUCGAUCAUGUUGCUUGCGUGGCUGGUGUCAUGACUUGUCCGUAUGGCAAAACCAAAGAUGGAUUUGAGACUCAGUUUGGAGUCAACUAUCUAGCGAACUUCUUGCUGGUGAAACUGCUCCUGCCAAAGGUCCAAGCUGCUGGGCCAUCUUCUUCUGUCAUCAUCGUGUCUAGUUCGGUUGUUAGAUUGGGUCGUAUCAAUUUCGACGAUCUUGCGUUUUCUGAUGGCAAAACUUAUGAUUCCUUGUCUGGAUAUGCACAGUCAAACAUUGCCAGAGUCAUGUUUGCCAAAAGAUUGGGGGAAAAGCUCAAGAGUCAAAAGAUCCGCGUCUUUAGUAUUGAUCCUGGUGCUGUUAUUUCUGGUCUUCAAAGACACGUCAACGAAUCGACAUUUGCGAGUCUUUACAAAGACGAUCCUCCCCGUGAUGUAGACGGAAAGCUGUAUGAAGGACCCCCAUGGACCAGCCCAUCCGAAGGAGCUGCGAACAUCAUUACCGGAAUGUUGGAUCCUACAAUCUCGGACCAAAGUGGAGCCUAUAUCGAGCAAAAUGCUAUUGCAGACUCCGUCUUGCCCAAGCAGAGCCUCGACGAAAACAACUGGACCCGACUCUGGGAACUCAGCGAGAACUUCAUCCAGGAGAAAUACUCUAUUUGA